GUCAACGAUAAUGUGAAUCAGAUCUUGUUUUCACUCGCGUCCGUAUGAGGGAGAUGGAUUAUUUGGAAAUGUAAACUUUUCUGUGUGUAGUUUAGGGGUGUUAAAUAACAAUCUACACACUUUAAUCGUAAAAAUGGUGCUUUGUUAUCAAGUCAUAUGUGUUAUAAAUAAUCAUAACCGGUGUAGAAACCUGUAAAAUGGCCACUGUAGCAGAGGAUGGAAUUGAACUGGCGGAGCCAUCGAUAAGCCAGCAGAAUGGGGAGAAAAAGAAAGCGGUUUUCGGACCUGGAUAUGAGGGAGAAGGUAAAGAUGGAGAAGCUGUUGCCGGAACAUCGGGAGCUGAGCCCCUAUCGGAGGCUGCCGGUACGAGCAGUUCCAAACCUUCCAUUGGAAUUAGCCGACAUAAAUCAGAAAGAGAGAGAAAAAUCGGACACAGGCGUGUUGGUGUUGGUGGAGAAAUUACAUACAAAAAGAUACAAACAACCCAGAUCAUGGGCUCUAUCCAACUUGGAAUUCAGCACGCAGUUGGUGGUUUGGCAUCUAAACCAGAACGAGACUUACUAAUGCAGGAUUUUAUGACUGUAGAAACUACAAAUUUUCCUUCGGAGGGAUCGAAUCACACCCCUGCCCAUCAUUAUUCUGAAUUCAGAUUUCGUACAUACGCACCAAUAGCAUUUAGAUAUUUUCGAGACUUAUUUGGCAUUCAACCAGAUGAUUUUUUGAUAUCAAUGUGCAGUGCCCCUCUGCGGGAGUUGUCCAAUCCAGGAGCAAGUGGGAGUAUCUUCUAUCUCACUGAAGAUGAUGAAUUCAUAAUUAAAACUGUGCAACAUAAAGAAGGCGAAUUCCUUCAGAAAUUACUUCCCGGCUACUACAUGAACUUAAAUCAGAAUCCUCGGACCCUAUUACCAAAAUUUUUUGGUCUUUAUUGUUAUCAGUGUAAUUCUAAAAAUGUCAGACUAGUAGUUAUGAACAAUCUGCUCCCUUCAUCUAUUAAACUUCAUCAAAAGUAUGACUUAAAAGGCUCAACGUACAAAAGAAAAGCAUCUAAAAGUGAACGACAGAAGAGUUCACCAACAUUUAAGGAUUUAGAUUUUAUGGAACAUCACCCUGAGGGGAUAGGACUCGAAGCAGAUACAUAUGCAGCCCUUGUUAAGACAAUUCAGAGGGAUUGUAGAGUGCUGGAAAGUUUUAAAAUAAUGGAUUAUAGUUUGUUGGUUGGCAUACAUAACUUGGAUCAAGCAGCAAAGGAGAAGGCGGAGAGAAAAGAGGAGGAAAGGAAGGAGCAAGAAGGGGCUGCACAUGGAAGCAAAGCUUCAGCUCAUGAGAAGGGAUCUAGCGGUGAUGGCCCAGGCAGCCCUGCAGCUGCAUUUAUCGAAAAAGAGAGGGAGGCUGCAUCAGCAACAAUUUUACAUCGGACACGUUCUAUUAACAGGCAAAGGCUCGUUGCUCACUCCACAGCAAUGGAAAGUAUUCAGGCAGAAAGUGAGCCAAUAGAUGAGGAAGAUGAUGUCCCACCAGGUGGGAUUCCUGCCAGAAAUGCUCGUGGUGAACGUCUCCUACUAUUUAUUGGCAUAAUUGAUAUUCUGCAGAGUUAUCGAUUAAAGAAGAAGUUAGAACAUACUUGGAAAGCUAUGAUACAUGAUGGGGACACCGUUUCAGUGCAUAGGCCAGCCUUUUAUGCAGAAAGGUUUCAAGGGUUUAUGGCGAAGACAGUGUUCAAGAAAAUACCAUCCCUGGAUUUGCCGGAAAUUAAAGGCAAUCAUCGCAAGUUUCGUACGUUGGUUACCAGCUACAUAGCACUGAAACAUUCUCCUUCUAAACGCAAGAGUAUCUCUCGACCAUUACGUUCUCAGGAUGAACACGGAGAAUCCAGUGGAAGCCCACCUGGAACAGUCGCUCCUACAUCCACAAGCGCUGUAGCCGUAAGCUCCCCUCCCUCAUCCACUCCGCCCUCAUAUCCCGCAGUGCUGAAGGAUCGGCCACCGAGCUUCGGGAAGAGCGGCCAGCCCCCUGCUGUAGCCAUUAGCACCGUCACAUCUAGCACUAGUGGCAGUGGCAGCGGUAGCGGUGUGGCAGGAGCCCGGGUGCCACCCCCCGUCCCCCCUCGGGGGUCCCCGUUCGGCAAGCGAGGUAUGAGUCACGCCCCACUGCCCUGUUCUUCCACUCCUCCCCCAGCCUUUGAGGAUGCCCUGCGUGGAGAAUUGGUGGAUUCUGGUACUGCUGUUACUCGCCAUCGCUUGGGGCCACAGCAUGUAGUUCGUUUACAUAGAGAUUCAGAAACUGCCAGCAGCAUUUCCGAAGUGCGCCUCGAAUGUCGAGUAGAGACAAAAUCAUCAUCAUUGAGUGUAGAGUCAACAUCAUCGACGUCAGGCUUUGGCUCUGGUGCUACAGGAAGAAAUCUGACAUGGACCCCACCUGCAUCAGUUGAAGGAAGCACACCAACAUGGACUGAAGGGACACCAUCUUUCACAGAAUCUUCGAGCAGUGGAGAUAUAGGUUGCGCAGCAACAUCGGUUAGAAACCUCACUCCUCGUAGCAACGAAGGACCUAAAUCAGCCUCCCUUGAAGAUUCUCUUGAUUGUCUCAGCUCAGAAAUGACUCACCUGUAAGACAGGGUGCAUCAUCCACAGUGCAGGGGUUAUGAAAGGAAAUGUUCUUUCUUGCAUUUUCUGUCUUUGUGGUCUGUGUCUCAUUCCCAAGUCAAAACUUGUGCAGUUUGUGCAAGUAUAUUUGCAAAUAAGUUCCUGUGAAGUUUCAUGCUCUUCCCACUAAGAUUGAAAUUAUAGCUUAUGUUACCAUAAUAUGUAAGCAUAGAAUAACUGUGCAUAACAGUGCGCAGUUGAUUAAGUAUAUUGUAUUUCAUAUAAAUUUCUUGCACUGCAGUUUAUUGUAGAUAAGAAUUUAUUUUUAUAAUUCUUAAAUAAUGAACAGGAAAAUUAAGUUACCAGUAUUAGUCUCAUGUCUAUAAAACCUCCAAAAAGUAAAUGUUAUACAGUUUGUGUGUAUUCACUUUUACUAACUUUUUUUGCAAAUGCCUCGUCGCAUUUUAUGCUGAAACUCAAAAAGCAUUCUCAAGAUAAUAUUAAUUAAAGCUAGGAUAAAGCAGGUAUGUUCUCAUAAGCUGAAAUAUUGGUCACAAGUUAGUUUAUUCUUUAAAAAUAAGUGAAAUAUAUUUUCACUGUCUGGAUGCUAAAUUGACUAUUUUAUUAGAAUCUCAGACCACAAUGGGUAAAGCAGAAGAGAUGUAAUGACUGAGUGUAAGCCACAAUCAUUGCAUGGUCAGUUUGUUCUCUCCAUUAAAUUUUAGUGAUGGCAGACAAAUGUAACAGGCCUUCAAAAAUUCAAAGCAAAGUACAAAAUCAGCUUUCUUAUUUCAUUUAGAUGACUGCCAGGUGAGUGGUGGCUUGCAGUAUGUGAUAAAAUAUGUCUUGUCAUGUGAAUGUAAGUUAAGAAAACAUUCCAUUAUUGUGAUUUUUCUUUCAAAUAGUAAGAUGCUGAAUAGAUUUGUUAUUUAGUGUUUUAUGUCUAUAUAUCUGUGUGUGUGUGUGUGUGUGUGUGUGUGUGUGUGUGUGUGUGUGUGUGUGUGAUGUUCAUAUGACAGUUAUUUAUUACAAAUCUUUGUGCACACAUACACACUACCGAUCUGACAUUACACACUAUGGCUUGGAAGCGAGUAAUUAUAUGUAUAAGUAUGUGUUUGGAAACACAAAUUAAUGUUUUCAAAAUACAAA